AUAAAUAAAACUAAAAAGUACACAAUCCAUUGUGCAAAAUUUCCCCCACUCUUAACGAUGAUCUCAACCCACGACCAUCGGCGGACCACCUCUGACUCUGAUUCUAAUUCCGACGAUGACAACGGCGGAUCUGAAUCCCUCCGCCAUCUCGAUCUCUCCGAUUCCAUUUUCAAGGCCUAUUUCGAAUUCACCGGCCGAUCUACUACAACCGCCGACCUCUCUAAGAUCCAAUCCUUCCUCACUUCCUCCUCCUCUGGCGCAUUGUCUUGCUUGAUAUGCCUCGAACGUAUCAGGCUCUCCGACCCCACCUGGUCCUGUUCUUCUCUCUGUUUUGCUGUCUUUCAUCUCUUCUGCAUUCAGAGUUGGGCUCGCCAAGCUUCCGACCUAGCCGCUGCUCGAGCUGCCACACGCUCUCUCAUCUCCCCCGAUAAGCCCGAUGAACACUCUGUUUGGAACUGCCCCAAAUGCAGAGUCGAGUAUUCCAAAUCUUCAAUUCCUAAGAGGUACUUCUGUUUCUGUGGGAAAUUGGAAAAUCCACCAAGCGAUGAUCCAUGGAUUUUACCCCAUUCAUGUGGUGAGGUGUGCGGUAGGCCAUUGAAACAUAACUGUGGUCAUCAUUGCUUGCUCUUGUGCCACCCCGGGCCUUGCCCCUCAUGUCCAAAGAUAGUGCAAGCUAGUUGCUAUUGUGGGUCUGUUCGGGACGCUCGCCGAUGUGGGUUUAAGAAUUUUUCUUGUAACAAUGUCUGUUCGAAAGUGUUGGAUUGCGGUAGGCAUAAGUGUGCGGAGAUUUGUCAUGAGGGUUCUUGUCCGCCGUGUCGAAUUCAGGGUGUAUUUAAAUGUCAAUGUGGGAAGACUGAGGAGAAGAGGGAAUGCUGGGAUCGGAGUUUUAGGUGCGAGGAUGAGUGCAAUAAACUGUUGGGAUGUGGGAAACAUUCUUGCAAUAAAGGGUGUCAUUCCGGAGAAUGUGGGCAGUGUCCAUUUAAAGGGAAAAGAACCUGCCCUUGUGGGAAAAAAGCGUAUGAAGGAAUGCCUUGUGAUGUUGCUGUGCCAUUGUGUGGGGCUACAUGUGAUAAGAUGCUUGCUUGUGGCCUCCAUAGGUGUCCAGAGCGAUGCCACCGCGGCCCAUGUAUUGGUACUUGCAGGAUUGUUGUCUUCAAGUCUUGCAGGUGUGGAAGCUUGAGGAAAGAGAUUCCUUGUUAUCAAGAUUUAGCAUGUGAGAGGAAGUGCAACAGAAUGCGAGACUGUGGACGCCAUGCUUGUAGACGUCGCUGCUGUGAUGGUGACUGCCCUCCCUGCUCAGAGAUUUGUGGCAGAAGGCUACGAUGUAAGAACCACAAAUGUCCGUCCCCAUGUCAUAGAGGUCCUUGUGCUCCUUGUCCAGUGAUGGUAACGAUAUCAUGUGCAUGUGGUGAGACACACUUUGAGGUUCCUUGUGGAACUGAGAUGGAUCAGAAGCCUCCAAAAUGUCCUAAACGGUGUCCUGUCUCACCUCUAUGCAAUCAUAGAUUAAGUCAAAAGCCACACAAAUGUCACUACGGAGCUUGUCCCCCUUGUCGAAGAAUUUGUGAGGAAGAAUAUUCAUGUGGGCAUAAAUGCCAAUUAAGAUGCCAUGGUCCCAAGCCUCCUCCAAAACCAGAGUUUACAUUGAAACCAAAGAAAAAGAAGGGGUUUCAUCCAGAGGAACCUGCCCCUGGUUCUCUAUGUCCUCCGUGCCCAGAAUUAGUGUGGAGACCAUGCAUAGGUCAACACAUUGGUGCUGAUAGAAUGAUGGUUUGCUCAAACAGUACACAAUUUUCUUGCGAUAAUUUGUGUGGAAAUCCUCUUCCCUGUACAAAUCAUUAUUGUACAAAAACUUGCCAUGCACUCAAGAGCCAACAUCCAUCACCAUCCCUUCGAGACUUGAGUGAGCCAUGCGAAAAGUGUAAUCUUCCUUGUGAAAAGGAGAGGAAGCCUAAAUGUGCACAUCCAUGUCCCUUAAAAUGCCAUCCUGGAGAUUGUCCUCCCUGCAAAGUGCUUUUAAAACGUUCAUGCCACUGCGGUUCAAUGGUCCAUGUUUUUGAGUGUAUGUAUUACAUUAGUCUGUCUCUGGAAGAGCAAAUAACUAUACGAUCGUGCAGUGGACCUUGCCACAGAAAAUUGCCUUAUUGCACACAUCUGUGUCCGGAAACUUGUCAUCCUGGGGACUGCCCAUCCCCAGAGAACUGUUCAAAAAAGGUUACUGUUCGUUGUGGAUGCCAAACCCUGAAAAAGGAGUGGCUGUGCAAGGAUGUGCAAGCAGCUUAUCGCAAAGCAGAACGUGACCCAAAAGACAUACCGAAAACCCAAUUUGGAUAUGGACUUCUACCUUGUGGUUCUGAUUGCAAGAGUAAAUUACAGGCUGUUGAGUCGGAAUUAACUCAAAGGAAACCUGAAGUCAACGGGGUGAAGGAGCCUGACACCAAGAAGCAAGCAUCAAAACGAAAAAGAAGGCGCGACUCGGCUCAGCAAGUUAAGCAGAUCUCGAGACUACAGAAAUUCUUUGCUGCCUUGAAGUAUAUUCUUCUAAUAAUCGUUGUCUUGAUCGCUGUCGUCAUGAUAUCCUUGUAUGGUUAUAAGGGGCUAUUAUGGCUAAAUGAUUGGAUGAAUGAAGUUGAAAAUCAAAGACCGAGAAGGAGAUACCCUCGAAUCUAAUGUUUGAAGGUCCUUUCUAUCCUUUAAGUCUUCCAUCCCAGGAAAAAGUAUACUUGCUCUGUUUAGAUCACAAGAACUUUACAUAUUUGAGUUUGUAAAGUAGAUAGUAGCACGAUUUAUUUAUCUGUUUCUAAACAUUCUUUAGCUUUUCUUUGUGGAAAAGCUUUGUAGCAGAGCUCUGUAAUAAAAUUUUAUGAGUUCUUUAAUGGCUCUGUAAACUUUGAUAUGAGACACAAUAAUAUAACUUUCCCCCUUUAUGAUCAUGGGUUUUGAAAUAAA